CGCUUGGAGGCGGCGUCCAAUGGAUGUGCGCGUUGUUGAAGAGCGACUGAGACGCGCGAGUGGGUGAUCCUCUGAAGGGGCGAAAAAAAAAAGAGAAAAAAAUCCGGGUCGGAGCCGUGAGGUGGUUUGUUUUGAGGCUUCCUCCGUCAUGAGUUCCAUCGGCACCGGGUAUGAUCUGUCAGCCUCUACAUUUUCUCCAGAUGGCAGAGUAUUUCAAGUAGAGUAUGCUAUGAAAGCUGUCGAAAACAGCAGUACAGCAAUUGGGAUACGAUGUAAAGAUGGUGUUGUUUUUGGAGUAGAAAAAUUAGUUCUAUCCAAACUGUAUGAGGAAGGAUCCAAUAAACGUUUGUUUAAUGUUGAUCGACAUGUGGGAAUGGCAGUAGCAGGACUCCUCGCUGAUGCCCGAUCUUUGGCUGACAUAGCAAGAGAAGAAGCUUCUAACUUUAGGUCCAACUACGGUUAUAAUAUUCCAUUAAAUCAUCUUGCAGAUAGAGUUGCUAUGUAUGUCCAUGCCUAUACUCUAUAUAGUGCUGUAAGACCUUUUGGCUGCAGCUUCAUGUUAGGUUCCUAUGAUAAUGAUGAUGGUGCUCAGCUCUACAUGAUAGAUCCAUCAGGAGUUUCAUAUGGAUACUGGGGAUGUGCUAUUGGUAAAGCAAGACAGGCUGCAAAGACAGAGAUUGAAAAGCUCCAGAUGAAAGAUAUGACGUGCCGUGAUGCUGUUAAAGAAGUUGCAAAAAUAAUCUACAUAGUCCAUGAUGAAGUAAAAGAUAAAGCCUUUGAACUUGAACUAAGUUGGGUUGGAGAAGUAACUAAAGGAAAACAUGAAACUGUGCCCAAAGAUGUUAGAGAAGAAGCAGAGAAAUAUGCUAAGGAAUCUUUGAAAGAAGAAGAUGAAUCAGAUGAUGAAAACAUGUAACAUUUUUACUUGAAUUCAUUUUGUAAUCUGUACCACAGGCCUGCUUAUGUAUUUGCCAUUAUUUUAAUGACCAACUUGCACUAAAUCAUUUUCCAAUUACUGUU